AUGGGGGACUCAAAGCUCUGCCUUUUGCUGCUCCUUAGUACAUCUGCCUUGGCUUUUGCCCAAGAUGAAGAUCAGCCAGCCUGCCUGUUGGCCAAAAGGUACAAGACUUUACACAAGUAUGAAUACCAAUAUGAAGCUGAAUCUUUGAAUGCCAUCAACGGAGCUUCACCGCUCAAGAACGGACCCAGGGCCUUUUGCAUGGUUGAAAUUGAAGUGCCUCAGACUUGCAGUUUCAUCGUCCGCACCACUGGCUGUAGCCUGAGUGAGGUGGUCGACAUGGACGCAGAGGGCAACCCUGUGUUCAGACCUGCACCUGGCUCUGACGCCUUUGCUGCUGAAAUGGAAAUGUAUCCUCUGAAGGUUGUGGUUGAGGGUGUGUACGAUGUUAAACUGUACCCUGAGGAUGGUGAGACAACAACCAUCCUGAACAUCAAGAGGGGUAUCAUCUCUGCCCUGGCUGUACCUCUGGUGGAGGAAGACAAGAACAAGAAUAUGCCCACUAUCCAUGGCAAGUGCAAGACCUAUUACACCAUAAACGCGAGAGAGGACAUUGCUACUGACAUCAGCCUGAACAGGGAUCUGUCCAGAUGUGACAAAUUUGUCCCAAUGAGAGAUUACACCAGCCCCCUGGCACUUAUCUCUGGCAUGCACUACCCUCUUGCUCAGCUGGUCAGAAGCUCCCAGACCUGCAACUACAAAUUCGACAAUGAGAAGAAACACAUGACCUCUGGCUCCUGCACUGAGAACCACAUCCUCAUUCCCUUCUCACACAAGGGAGAAUAUGGAGUUACCAAUGUUGGGAAGCAAGAGCUGACUCUGGUUCAGGUUUCUCCUCACAACGACAGAGUCUUUGAUCACAGUGACAUUGUCAAGGGUCUUCACAUGGAGGCUGUUGAGGACAAGAGUGCUGUCCAGGAUAAAGAUGCAGGUCUGAACCUCCUAAGAGAACUGGCCAAUCUGCCCGAGACCGAGGGUGAGAGGAGGGCCCACCUCUUCCACAAGCUUGUCACCAUGUUCCGUGGAAUGAAGGCCGAGACCCUGAGUCCCGCUAUUCCUGAGGCUAUUGCUGUGUCCCGUGUCCUGACCUACCAGGUUCUGGCGCAGUGUGGAACCCCUGAGUGCAGCAGUGCUAUCAUGCAGAUUCUCAGGACUUUAGAAAGCUCUUCACUCGAGGUUGAUGCUGCUGUUUUUGCUUUGGGACUCAUGUCCAAUCCCUCUGCCCUCCUGAUCAAUGACAUGCUUGAGAUGGCCAAAUACAAGUCCAGCAAGCCCAUCAUGUAUGCCCUGAGCAAUGUUAUCAAGAGGUUUUACAAAGCUGAAGGAAAACUGAUCCCUGAGAUUCACGCUGUGGCUGAGUUCAUGGCUGCCCAGCUGGGUGAUUGUUCUGGUGACAAGGACAACACUUUCAUGACACUGAGGGUAAUUGGAAACAUGGCUCCAGCUGUGGUACCUGCUAGUCCUGCACUAAGAUCUGCUGUGAUUCAGUGUGUGAACCAACCUGCAGCUUCCCUGGCUGUGCAGCAGGCUGCCAUCCAAGUGUACAGGCUGACUCCCGUCCCUGAGGAGAGCAGAGAGGUUCUCAUGCAAGUGCUUUUGGACAGCACCAGCCCCGUGCAAAAGCGUAUUGCUGCCUACCUGGUACUUAUGAAGGACCCCCAGCCACAUGAAGUGGCCCAGCUGGCUAAUGCCUUGACCAAUGAGCAGGACAAACAAGUCAAGAGCUUUGUCAUCUCCCACAUUACUAACAUUUUGUCCUCAACGGAGCCUGAGACCCAAAGCCUGAGACAGAGGAUUCAUGAGGCCCUGCAGGGUAAUGAGAUUGGGCCCAUUAUGGACCCCAUCAAGUUCUCUCGCAACUACAAAAUUGGAUCUGUAGAGGGCAACAUGAUAUUUGAGGGUACCAGCUAUCUGCCCAAGGAGCUCAUGCUUGAAAUGACUCUGAAAGCAUUUGGCUAUGAAAUUGACAUGAUGGAGAUCGGUAUGGAGGGCAAAGGAUUUGAGCCAACUGUUGAGGCCCUGUUUGGAGAGAAUGGCUUCUUCCCUGACACUGCCCUGAAGACAAUGUACUUUGUCUCUGAUAACAUGCCACUCAGAGUCAAUGAGAUCCUGCAGAAUAUGCUGCCUGCUAUGAAGAAGGACAGGAUGAAGAGACAGGCAUCCCAGAACUUGAUGAGGGAGAUUGGACGCAACCUCAACAAACUGGUGAGGGAACUGAAUGCUGCACAGUCUCCUGAGGCAAUGGUUUAUCUGAGACUUCUGGGAAAUGAGCUGGGAUAUCUGAGGAGCAAUGAAAUGGAGGAGAUGGCGUACUCUGCUGCCAUGAUGAUUGACAGCAUGUUCAAGAUGUUCCCUAGUGAUCUAAUGAAGGCUUUGAUGACUAAUGCUGACAACACAAUCUUUGCCCAUUACAUCUUCAUGGACAAUGAAUUCUUCCUGCCUACUGUAACUGGUGUUCCUCUGAGGAUUGCACUGUCUGGUACUUUCACCCCUGGUAUCAAGGGUGGAAUUAAGAUUGCUCGUGACAUGAGCGAAGUUACCUUCAUGCCCUCCGCUGGCAUUGAGUUUGUAACUCAGGUUGGCUCCCACAUCCCUGAAUAUGUCAAUUCUGGAUUAGAGAUGCACACCAACAUUUUCCAUGAGAGUGGGCUCAGUGCCAAGAUCUCCAUGGGACGUGAAAAUGUCAAGCUGACCAUCCCUGCACCAAUGAGGCCUACAAAGCUCAUCAAAAUGACAAACACCCUGGUGGCAGUAACUGGAUCAGAGGUGAGGACCAUUCCCCCUAUGGUGAUGGACAAGGUGGAUGUUAAUGAGUGCACUCCCGUCUUCGCUGGAAUGAAAUAUUGCACAGCUCUGCAGUACAUUGAUGCUUUCUCUCAAGAGACAGCCCCCUACUUCCCCUUCACUGGAGACAGCAAAUUUGCUAUGGAGCUCCACCCUACUGGUGAAGUCACUGAGUACACAGCCACUGUUGCCUACGAGCUCCUCAGGGAGGGAGACGAGGGACGGCAGAAGGUUGACUCUGUGAAGUUCAUUCUGAGGGCUGAAGGUGUAGAUCCCACUGAAGCCAGGGCAAUCAUGAAAUAUAACAGAAGGAAGAAUGUGAUCACUGCUGACAUCCAGAUCCCUGACUACGAUGUGGAGGCUGGACUCAGGCUGGGUGUUGUUGAUGGAAACACCAAGGGCAAAGGAACUCACUCAGUCUCUCUGGACUUCAUAAAUAAGAAUAUACCUCAGCUCUCCCUGGUUGGCCGUGCCAAUCUGAAGGCCAUGAAGGAAGGUAUGCUGCAAGUCCAGCUUCUUGUCCCAUCAAUCAAUACCGAUGCCACUGUCACAGCUAACAUGAAGCGUGAUGAAGAAUUGGAAAUGGAGCUAAAGAGUGAAAUCAAGUUCAUGGACGCCACCUCUGAGCAGAAAAUUGCAUUGAAAUAUGAUUCCAAGGAGAUUGAGGUUGAGCUCAAGUCUAAUGUGAACACUGAGACCACCAUCUUGCCAAACGCUGAAAUAUUUCAGAAUUAUGGCAACGAGCUUCUUGACAUGCAGGUUGGGCAGACCGACAUGAAAGUCCGUCACAUCUUCAAGAAGUUUGUGGAGGCAGCAAACAACUACAUGGAAAAAUAUGGUGCCGAGUUCCCUUACAUUCAGAACUUCAGACUACCUGAUAUGCCUGAGAUUUCCCUGCCAGAGACACUGUUCCUGAAUACUGAGGCAAAGGCUAUUUACUACUUCAACAAUGAGCGCUUCACCAUCGUUAUCCCUCUCCCUCUUGGAGGAAAGUCAACAGAGGAGCUUAACUUCCCACCAGCUUUGACCACACCUAGCAUGUCUCUACCCCAGUUUGGACUGGAUAUUGUCUCCAUGGAGAUCCCCAUCCCAGAGCUUGUUGUCCCUGAGAGCUUUACUCUGUCUAUUCCUCUUUUUGGCAAAGCUGAAGUUUACGCUCUGAUGAGGAGCAACCUGUAUGACAUGGAGGCCUCAAUGGCCGCUGGCAAAGAUGUUGUGGAAACUCCAAGCUACUCAGCGAAGUUUGAUGUGAAAGGAACCUCCCCACUUGAAAUCCUUUCAAUAAAGAUUGAAGGCUCAGGAAUGUUGUCCACCACUGAUUCCAUUAAGGCCCAGUUGAAGAGCUUUUUGGCCCAUAAAUUCAUUGAAGCCAGUGUUAGUAUCACUGAGGAUGUAACCAUCACUGACAAAAUCCAUUUGAGAUCAAACAGCAAGAUUGAAGCCACAAGUCCGUUUGGUCUCAAUUUUGCACUAGAGCACACGGGUAUGGCAGGAAUCAAUACUGAAGAAAUCUCUGCAGAUAACAACUUUGAGGGAAUGUUCAAGGCUGGACUUAUGUACGGCAAGACCACUUCGACCCAGUCAGUUACCAUCUUCCCAUUCAGGCCAGUGGCAAAGAUUGAUUCUAUUGUUCAGUUUGACUCCACAAUUGUUAGGGGCCAAAACACAUUUACAGCAUCCCUUGCCAAUGGUGAAUUCUCAGUUGUAUCCAACACCAAUGCCUUUGAAGAUGUCUUGACACAUGUUGUUGAGCUUUACUUCAAAGACAGUAAGCUGUCACUAAAAUGUGAUGCAAAUGCACUUGCUCUUGGCAUGAAGAUCCGCAACCAAGCUGAAGCCUCUGCUGGUGCCGGUGAAGUCGUCAUGAGGAUGGAGACAAAUGCAGACCACUCUGAAAACCGGGUUUACUCUCUGCUGACUGCCUCUCUUGAUGCCAAUGGUUUGGCUGUAAACAGUGAUGCCUCAAUGAAGCUUCUUGAGAAUGAGGCUAAUCACAAGGCAACUCUAAGGAUGAACAAGGACGGGUUGACCACAAGUGGAACAACCACCCUGCAGAGCCCCCUGUCCCUAGAAAACACUUUCAAUGCUGGGCUUGACACUUCAAGAGCUACUUUAUCCAUUACCAACAAGGCUGCAAUGCAGAACAUCAAGGUUGACAAUGCCAACAAUCUCAUCAUUACUCUUUCUAGCCUUGACUUUAACUCAAAGGCUGAAGCCAUAGCAAGUGAGUAUGCCACUUAUGCUCAUGAUAUCACCAUCGACCUGAAACCCUACACUGCUUCUGCAAAUGUUAACAACAACCUGAAAGUUCUGGCUGCCAACUUCAUUAAUGAGGCUCAGCUGCAGGCAGAGUUUUACAAGAUGGACCUGACUGGAAGCCUAAAAGCUAUCUAUGGCGAGCAAGAGAUCAAACACACCUAUCAGGUAAAUUAUGCCGAUAUGACUGCUAUUGCAAAGUGCAGCACCACUGGAAAACUCUUGGGAACUCACAUGAACCACAACACCGAGCUUGAAGUUGUCGGUCUUGCUGCCAGGAUCACCAACGAUGCCCGUUUCAACUCACAGGCAAUGCGCUUUGAUCACACCAUCCGUUGCAGCAUUGUUCCUUUUGAUUUCAACCUUGAUGCCAUCUUUAAUGCUGAUGGAGACAUCACCAUGUAUGGAAAGCACAGUGCCCAGCUCUAUGGCAAGUUCCUCCUUAAAGCACAACCCCUGGCUUUUGCUAGUUCACAUGAGUGCAGAGCAUCAGUCACACAGCUUCUAGAUAAUGGUUUUUCCCUUGAGACAACAUUUGACAACAAGAUGGACACUGUUCUGUCAUUCCAAGAGCAGAAGACCAGUUUUAGAAUGAAGUCCAAAAUGAAUGAGCAUGCCUUUAAUCAGGACAUGAGUGUUUACAAUACUGCUGAGAGAACUGGAAUUGAGCUUUCUGGCACCAUUCUCACAAGCGUCCUCAACACAGACUCCACAGACAACCAGGAAUUCACCAUCUCUGGCUUCCUCAAGUAUGACAAGAACACAGACAGUCAUAUAAUUCAGAUCCCUCUAAUUAAAACUCUUCCUGUCCUCUUGGAAAGCAUGAAGGGCUUUGUUGUGCGUAUUGCAGAAGCACUGCAAAACUACAUCAACAAUGAGGAGAUAAUGACUAAACUUGAGGCUCUCCCCCAGCAUAUAAAUGGCUUAAUUUCUCAACUCAAUAUAGAAGGCAAGAUAAAUCAACUGAACCAGUAUUUCAAUGAUUUCACCCAAGAAUAUGCCAUCACCAUGGAGGAUGUGGAGGCCUCUUUGAGAAUCCUGGAGGUUACAGUUAAAAAACUGCUGGCUGAUCUCACCGUUUACAUCCAACACUUUGCUGGUAUGAUGAAGGAGAUUAUUAUUAGCGGCACCCUCCCUGAAACCCUCAUUCAGAAUAUCCAGCAACAGCUGAAUGCCUUGACUGAAGAUUAUGACAUCAAGUCUAUGGUUAUAUAUGUGAUUGAUACCAUAAGAGAAAUGGUCCAGCAGAUUGACUUGGAAAAACUGAAGGACAGCAGCAUUGCAUUCCUGUAUGACAUCGAUGCCAAGUAUGAAAUUAAGGCUAAACUUCAAACAAUCAUGAGUGAUAUGAAAGGAGUAAUUGAGACCUUUGACAUGCAGACAUUUGCUGCAGAGAUGAAGAGCUUCAUUUCAUCUAUCAAUUUCAAAGCUCACAUUGAGGAACUAGUUAGUCAGAUUCCCACAGACAUUCUCACUGAUAUAACACAUUAUAUUAGGAAAAUGAUAGAGGACCUUGACAUCCUAGGUAAGAUCAACACAUUCUAUGCCAAGAUGAGAGAGAUGAUUGUAAAGUUUGAGGCUGACAAAAAGGUUCAAGCUGUCUUGGAAAAGGCUGUGGAGCUCAUCAAGAAGUUCAGAAUUGAGGAAACCAUCAGUGCUGUAGUCAAGAUGGUGAGGGAUGCAGACAUACCUACCAAAUUCAUGCAAGUCUUCGAGAGUGCUAUCAACUACUUGAAAUCAACUGAGGUCAAGGAUAUAAUUCAACAUCUGAAUGUGUACAUUGAAACUAUUGUGCAAAGGCUUAACUCACUGAAUUACAAUGACUUUGUGGAUUAUGCCAAUCAAAUUAUUGCGGAGUACACAUCUUACCUGAAUCAUCUGAUCAAGGCUCUUGAAAUCCCCCAGAAACUUGAGGCAACAAGAAAUUUUGUCAAUGUUGUCUUAUCCUCUGUUAGAGACUUAAUGGAACAGCUGAGAGAAAUCAAAAUUGCAGAAAUUAUAAAAUCUGUAAAGGAUAUCAUUGACGAGGUUGUGCUGGAUAACCUCAAGAGAUCUGCUGAAUUUGUAAAACGGGAAAUUACAAAUCUGGAUGUCAAAUUUGUGACUGAGUUUUAUCUGGAAUCAGUGAGACAGUACUACAUGAGUGCAAUAAACAUCAUCACUGAUAUGUUCUCCGGUAUGGUUAACAUCAUAAAGACGGUGGCACCUGAGCAAAAAAUCAUCAGUGAGAUUCAGCAGAUCAUCAAUGGCCUGAUUAUGGAACUGAAGAAAGCCGAGUUGACCAUGCCAUCCUUCAUCAUUCCUUUCACUGAUCUUCUUAUGCCUUCCAUGACAUUCAGCAUGGACAAGCUCGAACAGUUUGAAAUCCCAACACAGAUGGACAUCCCUGAAUUCACCAUUCUAGGCUUCUACAAUGUAAAAGCCACUACAAUUUCCAUUGAUGAGAUCAAGCAGAGAAUCAUUGAACUUAUUGAUUUUAUUGUAAACUUUGACAUCAAAAUGCCUGAUGUGGAUGCUUUCUUUGGAGACCUGACCAUGAGCUACCUUCCCACUAUGGCUGACAUAACCUUCCCAGAAAUCACUCUUCCUGAGAUGUCAUUCCCUUCCAUCCCCCAAGUUCCCGUAGAAAAGCUUGUCAAGUCUCUUCAGGUUCCUGAGAUCAAACUACCAACCAUUCCAAGUGAGAUCAUGGUCCCAUGCUUUGGUAAAAUCUAUGGUGAGAUCAAAUUCCUCACUCCCAUCUACACCGUCAAGACGUCUGCUGAGUUCCAAAACUCCACUGAGAAUGAAAUGACACCUAAGUUCACUGGAGCCCUUACCUCCCAGGCCACAUCUCCAAGUUUUGAAUUUCUUAAUUACAAACUUGAGUCCACUGCCCGUAUUGCAAUCCCAAAAAUGAGUCGUGUUGUUGUAGCUGAAACUCUGAAGUUCCAGCAUCUGGCUCUUCGAGUUGAACAUCAGGCAUCUGUAACUCUCUAUGGCCUAUCAGGCCAGGCCCAAGCCAAGACUGCAGUUAAGGUUGCCACUAUACCUUACACUGCUGACUUUAUGAACACAGCCUUUAUUGCUAUGGAAGGAGGAAUGUCUGCUUCUCUUGAUACAACUUACACUCAUGUAGUGGACCUGCCAAUUUUCAAUGUCAGAAGUGAGGCCACUGUUACCCAGAAAUCAAUCGCUCGCCAAGAAGGCCUCACUUUCACCCUAACAGUUGAAAAUUCAGGCACUGGCAAGGUUAAUGCUGAUGAUGGCACCCACAAGAGCAAGUUGAAUUUGUCACUCACUCCCAGCAUUAUCACUCUAACUUUCUAUGGUGACACAGACUCUACCAUCUUAAAGAUGAAACAGCAAAUUGUUGUUGAAUCUGGCACCUUUACCUACUUCAAGUUCAAUAUGCGCAAUGAGGCAGAAGCACCAGUCAUUAAGAACAGUAUUCUAGUGGCAUCUGGACACGCCAACCUUUAUGAUUUGAAGGUUGAGCUGAAAGCAACCCAUGACACAGAACUUUAUGGUGCAGUCAGUGGAGUCCUGUCCAAUGGAAUCAACAUUGUAGUCCGUCCUGUUGAGUUUGUCUUCGAAUUCCAAAACAAAGGAAAUGCCAAGGUCAACAUUUUUGAAACUCUGACUGCUAAGAUAGAUUUGCAGAAUGAUUACUCAGCCAUCUUGAAACCCGAUAGCCAACAGAUGAACACAGUAGCUCUAGCUCGCCUUAAUCAGUACAAAAUAUUCUACAACUUCACUGUUGACAACAAUGAAAAUGAGGCUGGCAUCUUCGUUGCUUUUGAUGGUGAGGCCAAUGUUGACUUCCUGACAUUCCCCAUCAGCAUUCCUGAGAUUGAUCUGCCUUUUGUUGACUUCCAUACUCCAGCUAUUAGUAAUCUGAAUUUGUAUGAGCAGACUGGACUGAAGAACAUUUUAACUACCACUGAGCAGACUGUUGAUGUAGAUGCCAAGAUUGUUUACCAAAAAAGCCAGAGUGCUCCGCUUGUUGAUAUGAUGGGUCUGAUCCAGAUUCCCUCUGUGGGUAACCUGAUCACAGAACUGUCCUUCAAGUCUGCCAUUAUCAAUCUGAAUGUCAAUGCUCAACUGUAUACUGAGGAUGACCUUGUGUUCCGUCUGGGAGCUACCACAGCCUCUGUGUUUGAGAGUCUACAAGCCAAACUUGAUGGCACCACCAGCCUGACCACCAAGAGAGGAAUCAAGUUGGCCAAUUCCCUGUCCCUUGAAAAUCGUCACAUUGAAGGCACUCAUGACAGCACCAUCAGUAUGAGUACUGAAACAUUUGAACCUACAGUCUCUGUGGCUACUAAUGCAAAGAUUGCCUUGCCUAUACUCCGUCUGGAAGCAAAUCAAUAUUUGGUUGCAGACACCAAAACCAAAGCAAAUGCUGUCUCCACCUUGAGGAUGAAGGCUGAUUUCAACAUCCCUAUGAUCAAGGCUAUUGGAAAGGCUGAGGCUGACCACAGUCUGAAGCUGGAGGGAACCUUUGAGUACAUUUCCAUGGAGUCAUCCACCAAAGCAAACAUUGAUGGCACUGCACUUGAGGACUAUCUCGUUGUGGGAGUCCUGGAUAAUGAGGUUAAUCUGUACCUGAAUAAUAAUGGCCUACGCUCCACCUCCAAGAUUAUUGCCGAUGCCAAGCUUAACUAUGGCACCAACAAACUCAUUGGCUUGGACGUAAAUGAGAAUCUUGCUGUUGAUGCUUCCCUGAGCCAUGUGUAUGCAGUGCUGAAAUAUACUGGCAACAAUGAGGCAAACCUGUUCAAUUUCAACACCAUUGGGAAACAUAUUGCCCAGGUAACCAUUGACUUUACACCAAUGUCUUCCUUGACUGCGGAUAUUGAGAUUGAUAUCUCUCAGCCAAGCAGCCUGGGUGAACUCACCAUCUUUGAGAAAACUGUUGCUGAUGUAACAGCUGCCAAACAGAAGAUCUCUACCAAUGCCAAGUUUGUGAGCCCACUGUACACCACAAACCUUGCAGCUGUAGUAGAGGGCAACGCUCCUGUCUUCAUAGUCACCUUUAAGUCCUCUGCAACCUCUGUCAUUGUCUUCUUGGAAUAUGACAUGGAUGCGUCAACUACUGCAAACUUCGAGAACGAAGCUCUGAACAUGAUUAGCAAAGUUGUCCUGACACAUAGUGACCUGAGCAUGGAUGUCAAUCACAUCAUUACCCAGGCCUUGAGGAGAAAGCGCCAGGCUGAUGACAGUGUUUCUCACCACACCCUGAAUGUGGACAUAACCAGUCCUACUUUCACCGAUGUGAAUCUCCGGUAUGCUGCUCGAAGAGAUGGCAUCAGUGCCUCAGUAUCAACCCCUUCCACUGGCUUCCUGGGCCUUCAAUUCAAUGGCAGAGUCCCAUCUGAGAUUAGUGCAAGAGUCUAUGGUCGUUAUCCUUCUAUCCCAGACUCUGAUGUUGACAUAUUGGUCAUCAGAUCAUCUUCAAGGGAUGCUAAUAAGAUGAACUUGCAGAUUGCCUACAAUAUGGAGGCACCAAAAGUAAUGCUGAAUGAGCUCAAGAUGAAAAUCCCCUCCAUCAUCUCUACAUUCAAAAUGUUUAUGGACAAGUACCAGAUCACAAGGAACAUGGACGAGUUAAAAAACUCUGUUGUUACCCGCAUCACCGAGGCCUAUAAUGCUGCAAUCAGUUAUGACAGUCAAAUGAGCCAGUUGUCAAUCUUCUUCAGGAACAUCAUUGUCGAAUACCAGAAGACUGUCCAGGUCUUCCUGGAUGCAGUCAUCAAGGUCUUGAGGGAGACCCGGUUCAAACUGCCUAGUUCUGAUGAGAUGACCACUCUGCCUGAGGUCCUGAAGAAGCUGACCAGCAGCAUUGCAGCUAUGCUAGAUGUAAUCACCAACAUCAUCUAUGAAAAUAUGGAAGUCUACUAUAAUGCCUUUUUUGAGAAGAUCAGCAGCAUGAAACUACGCAUGCCAAUUGGUGAUGCGAUCAAUGGAGCCCAGACCAUGGAUCAGGUCAAAACAAGCUUCAGGAAAAUGUUUGAUGAACUGGUGGACUUUGUGAAAAAUAUGGAGAGUCUUGACACAAUGUUAGUAAAGAUAGGUGAGACCCUAAAGGCUAUUGUUGAGAAAUCACAGGAGUUUGUUGACUCUGUCCAAUCUGACUAUUUAGAUGCAUUGUUCAUUAACAUCAAUAUCAUCUAUCUUGAACUUGUCACAGUCAUAAAGAAUGUUAUUGACCAGAGCUCUGCCUUAAAUAUGGAACAGCUCAGCAAUGCAUUUGAGUACAUUAUGGACAUGUUCAUUUAUGUAGUUGACCAGUUCAAUAACACUGCUUAUGGUUUCCUGCAGCAAGCUUCAGAGGAGGCACAAACCUAUAUGAAAGUUAGUCAAGGAAGGCUUGAGCUUGACCUUCUGUUUCCCUUCCAACAAUGAGGAACCCUCUCAGAGGCAUAAGUCCAUAUGAAAGACUACCAUCUGUUCAGAACACAUGCUUGGAAGGAGUAUGGACAAUUAGCUCUUUAACCAUAUUUAUAACAAUGAAUUUAACAGAAACACCUGUUGUAUCGUUUUAAUGUAGAUGGUUUAUUGUGUACAAACACUGAACAUGUUACAUUUUACUGAAACUCACUUUCCUGCAAGAGUAAAAAAAACUCAAUAAAAUACAACAACGCAGUCUA